AUGUCGACAGAGACAGAGACCGUAACGGCGUCCGCCGUGCGGCGCAACCCCAAAGACUCGAUCAAGUCCACAUGGCAGGCCGCCGACAAGAAGACCUGGACGAUAUGGCACUGGUUCUUCGAGAUCCUGGCCGUCUACCCUGAAGAGCUCAACGCGCCCAUCCCCGUCUUCCAGAAGACAGACAAGGUGCCCAACUCGUCCGCGUGGAGCAUACACAAAUGGGUGCUGGGGUACGCCGCCGUGCCCAUGCUCAUUCACUACGCCUACUCGAGCUACACCGGGCAGAACCUCACGCUCGGCUGGGCACUCUUCCUCUACGGCGCGUGGCUGAACGUGACGGCGAUUCGCGAGAUCCAGACGAUCCGCAAGCUGGGUCAGAUCUGGGGCUACCUCGACGGCGACAAGCACGCCCGUGACGGCGUCCCCGACGUGCGCGUCCGCGAGGUCGUCACCUCGCUGCUCAUGACCUCGACACUGCGCCCCGCCAUGGCCAUCGGCCUCGCAUGGGACUCGAGCAAGACGGUCGACUCGCUGAUUGGCUGGCCGCUGGCCUGGCUCUUCAUCGAGCUCACCGUGUACCCCAUCAUGGUCGACUUUUGGUUCUACUGGUACCACCGCGCCAUGCACGACGUGCCGUGGCUGUGGCAGUUUCACCGCACGCACCACCUGACCAAGCACCCCAACACGCUGCUGUCGCUGUACGCCGACGGCUGGCAGGAGCUCUUUGACAUUGUCGUCAUCCCCGUGCUGGCCUUUUACAGCUGCAAGGCUAUGGGCCUGCCGAUGGGCUUCUACGAGACCUGGAUCUGCUACGAGUACGUCAUCUUCGUCGAGCUCUUCGGCCACAGCGGCCUGCGCGUGCGCGGCGCCCCGGCUCUGACGGCCGCACCGCUCCUCAAGUACCUCAACAUGGAGCUCGUCAUCGAGGACCACGACCUGCACCACCGCACCGGCUGGAAGAAGAGCCACAACUACGGCAAGCAGACGCGCUUCUGGGACACCAUCUUCAACACCAAGACGGAGCGCAUCGAGACGCGCGAGGAGAACGUCGACUACUCGGUCAAUGCCUCCAUUCCGAUCUUUUAG